AUGGCCAGACUGCCGGCCAGCGAGCCCAGGCGGCAGGCGCAGCCCCAGCAGCAGCCGCCCCGCGCCUCCCCCAUGAGCAGCAGCGGCGCCGCCGACCCGGAGGGCAUGAAGGAUCUGGAUGCCAUCAAGCUGUUCGUGGGCCAGAUCCCCCGCAACCUGGAGGAGAGGGACCUCAAGCCCCUCUUCGAGCAGUUCGGCCAGAUCUACGAGCUCACCGUGCUCAAGGACCGCUACACUGGCAUGCACAAAG